AUGGCAAUCUUAAAGGAAAAAGAAUAUUCAACUGGUAUUAAUUCAAACCCAAUCAUGGUCGCUGUCAAUGAUCUUGAUAAUGAUAAAAAUUUGGAUAUUGUCAUUGCAAAUUAUCGUACUCAUUCUAUUGGAAUUUUCUAUGAAUUUGGUAAUGGAUCUUUUCAAAAUGAAGUGCAAUUUUCUAUAGGAAUUUCACGACCGAUAUUUGUUGAUUCAACUGACUUUAAUCGAGACACAUUUAUUGAUAUAAUUGUAAUCGAUUAUGAAACAAAUUCCAUUUCGAUAUUCUACGGAAAUCCAAGUACUACAUUUACGAAAUUAUUUUCUUAUUCAACUGAUUAUGAUUCAUAUCCUUAUUCUUUAGCAGUCGGUGAUUUAAAUAACGAUCAACAUUUGGAUAUUGCUAUUACUAAUUAUGGAACAAAGAAUCUUCAUUUUCUAUUCUUUGAUGAAAACAAUACAAUCAAAAGUCAAAUGACUACUUCAACUGAUGUUGAUUCUUGUCCAACGUCAGUUGUUUUAGCUCAUUUCAAUUCAGAUAAAUUACUUGAUAUUGCAUUUACAAAUUUUGGUACAGAUGAAAUUGGAACUCUUCUUAAUUAUGAAAAACGAACCUUUACAACUCAAAGAUUUUACUCAGUAAAUUCGACUUCUCCUUAUUCAAUUCGAAUCAGUGAUUUUAAUGGAGAUAACCGAAUAUCACUUGCUUUAUGUGACUUUAACAAUGAUAAUCGACUAGAUGCAUUCAUUAUUAAUAAUGACACUGGAAGUGUCAAUAUUCUCGCAGAAUAUUUUCAAGGUUUUGCUUACCCUCAACUAUUUAAUAUUACUUAUACAACAUCGUUUGUAGUUAUUAGUGAUAUGAAUAAUGAUGACAUAUUAGAUGUAAUAAUUCUUAGUCAGUCAAAUAAUACCAUAAUGAUUUGUUUCGGAAGUGGUGAUGGAUCAUUUGCUAAUGUCACAUGGUAUAUUACUGGUUUAUCUCCAACUUCAUUAGCUAUUGCUGAUUUGGACAAUGAUACAAAUAUCGAUGUAAUUGUGAGCAAUCGUGACAGUAAUGAUAUUUAUAUAUUUCUUGGUAAUGGUAAUGGAACCCUUCGAAAUCUAUGGAUACUUUCAAAUGGUUCUGCUCCAUAA